UCAGUAAGUGUUUGAUUUCAUGAGAAAAGGUUUCCAGAGAUAAUGGGAAUCAUCCAGAUUCUUUUGUUCUGUUUUUAAGUUUGUUUGUUUUUUGCUUAAAAUCACAAAGUAUCAAACUUGGAAAUGACCUUGAAGAUCACCUAGAUCAACCUCCUUAUUUUAUAGAUGGGGAACCUAAGACCCAGAGAGGAUAAAGGUUCCGAGAGGUGAACUGGCUCCCCUACAGUGCAGAGCCAGUAUUUAAAUCCAGGUCUGUCUGACUUCAAACCUACGAUUUUUUUCAUAGCCAAGAAGCCUUGAGCAAUGUAGUUGCCCCUCACCUUUGUCCUUAGACACUGGGGAGAUGAUCCAUCAGUAGAAAGGAAUACCCUGGGGUUCCAGGCAAAGAACCACCUGGCCAUGGAUGCUGCCAACGAGUCUUCAGAGGGAGCCCCAUUCAUCCUAUUGGGACUGACGACAAGUCCUGGACAGCAGCGGCCCCUCUUUAUGCUGUUCUUGGUCUUGUAUGUGGCAGGCCUCCUGGGAAAUGGACUCAUUGUGGCCACCAUCAGGGCCAGUCCAGCCCUUCAUGCACCCAUGUACUUCCUGCUGGCCCAUCUGUCCUUUGCUGACCUCUGUUUUACCUCUGUUACUGUGCCCAAGAUGUUGGCCGACUUGUUGGCCCAUGACCACUCCAUCUCCUUCGCUGGUUGCCUGAACCAAAUGUACUUCUUCUUUGCCCUGGGUGUAACUGAUAGCUGCCUCCUGGCUGUCAUGGCCUAUGACCGCUAUGUGGCCAUCCGGCACCCCUUCCACUAUGCCACGAGGAUGUCCUGGACCAUGUGCACAGCCCUGGUGGGGACUGCAUGGCUGGUAUCACAUGUCCACUCUCUCCUGCAUAUCCUGCUCAUGGCCCGCCUGUCCUUUUGUGCCUCCCACCAAGUGCCCCACUUCUUCUGUGACCACCAGCCUCUCUUAAGGCUCUCAUGCUCCGAUACCCGCCACAUCCAAUUGCUUAUCUUCACUGAGGGUGCUGCAGUGGUGGUCACUCCUUUCUUGCUCAUUCUUGCCUCUUAUGUGGCCAUUGCAGCUGCUAUCAUCUGUCUGCCCUCAGCCUCUGGGAGGCUCCGGGCUAUGUCUACCUGUGGCUCUCACCUGGCUGUGGUAGGCCUCUUCUAUGGGACAGUCAUUGCAGUCUAUUUCCAGCCCACAUCACAAUACGAGGCACAGCAGGGUCGCGUGGCCACCAUCAUGUACACUGUAGUCACACCCAUGCUGAACCCUGCCAUCUACAACCUUUGGAAUCACGAUGUACAGGGGGCACUCCGAGCCCUUUUCCCUAGGCAAAGGAUCUCGGCUAGUGACUUCUGAGAGCUGGACUCCAUCAAGGACAGACUGUAUCAUCC